AUAACCAACCAAUGACGACGGAGGAAGUGAGUGCAUGGUAUCAUUGCAACGUUCUAGCGACAAAAGUUAGCUUCAUAUCAUUUACAUCACAGUCAACGAGAGAUAUCAACUGUUCAUUGUUUUCAUGUCGUGGCAGAAAAAGCCCCUUUAAGGACUGUCUUAUGGAUCCUGCUCAGCAGUCUAACAAGGCCAAGCGGAAUCAAGGGAUGAGGCGCAGCCAGAAUCAGUCGGCGACCCCUCCUCCAAAAGACGCCUACGCCAGGCUGCUGAGCCAGCACCGCAGCAGUAUGUUCACUUCCUACCUAGCACAGUACGCACAGGACUCGUUAACCCAAAAAGAGGCAAACGACUCCAGUGCGUCGCUCCAAGCCCACAGUGACGGGCUUAACUUGCCACAACAAAAAAAGGACCAUGUGCUGAUCGAGUUCCCCGACUCAAGCGACUUCUCUCCGUCCUCAAAAAACAAAGGGGAAGAGAGUUCACUGUCCUUGUAUAUGGAGAAGUUAAGCACUCACUGUGACCAGCGGGAGUGCGAAAGGAAGCCGGGUGUGAAUGAGAGACAACGACGGGGCCAGAGGAGGGACACCACCACCAGCCAGGACGGAGACAUCGAAUCCGGAGAGGAGCUUGCCUGUUCGCGAAGCAACGGCCCAAAGAAACACCAGAAACAGCAAAAGAAGAGGGAUGAUCCGAACAGAAACGCUGGCCCCACGGCAGCCGAGGCGUAUGCCGGGCCUCAGACCCCAACAGCGAAUGCUGGCGUAAGCGAGCAGGAGCAAGAGAAAGGGAAGAAGUCAAAGAAGAAAAACCAACUGAAGAAGCCAGAGGCGGAGAAAAACAGGGAAGCGGUUUUAAAAUUAUCCGCUGAUCCUCAAAUACAGAGUCCUAAACCAAAUCAGGGUAAAAGUGGAAAACCUCAGCAGCCUGCAGGAGUAAAUUCUCCAGGCGAGAAGGGCAAGAACAAAGGAGACAGGAGAUCGAAGAAGCAGGUGUUUGAGUCCUACAUGAGCUUGGAGGAGGUUUCCCAUGGCCUGAAAAGAGGAGAGCUUCACCAGGGACAAUUAAGAAUCAAUCCCAAGAAUUACAACGAAGCCUUUAUUCCGUCUCCUGACGACACGCGCGAUAUAUUCCUGGACGGAGUUGUUGCCCGCAACAGGGCGCUUAACGGAGACAUAGUGGUGAUUCAGAUUCUCCCUCAGGAACAGUGGAAGGUGGUGAAGUCUGAUUCCGACUGCGAUGGCACCAGUGAGUUGGACACACAGACGGAGCAUGUGCCGCGAACGGCCCAGAAGAGCGCAGGGCAUGGCCCGAGUCCUGAUGUCAAAGUGGAGGACCAGUCAAGCGACCCGGAGGAACUGCUGAGGAAACGUCCUGAUGUCUCUUGCGCUGACACGGGGGAACAUCUGGAAGAUCCUUCAACACCCCAAGCCAACGCUGACAUCCUCCAAAAGACGGCUAAAGUGGUUUACAUCGUUGAGAGAAAACACUCCCGAGCCGUCACCGGCCACCUGAAGUUCCUACCAGACAAGCCCUUCGCCAUGUUCUCUCCCGUAGACCACCGGGUGCCACGAAUAAACGUCAAACUCGACGACUGUCCCAUGGAGUUCAGAGCCAAUCCGGGCGACUUCGCCAAGACCCUGUUGAUCUGCCGGAUCACCGACUGGCCAGUCGACAGCAACUUUGCCGAAGGCCGACUUGCUAAGACCCUGGGUCAAGCAGGAGAGAUUGAGCCGGAGACUGAAGGAAUCAUGAUCGAGUACAACGUGGAUUUUUCUGAGUUCCCACAAGAGGUGUUGGACUGUCUUCCUAAGACGCUCCCGUGGACCAUCCCACCAGAGGAGAUUGAAAAGAGGAGGGACCUCCGGAAGGAGUGUAUCUUCACGAUCGAUCCUGCCACUGCCAGAGAUCUGGACGACGCCCUGUCUUGUAAACAACUCCCAGACGGCAACUUUGAGGUCGGAGUUCACAUUGCUGACGUCAGCUACUUUGUGAAGGAGGGCACCCCGCUUGACAACAUGGCCUCCCAAAGAGCCACCAGCGUUUAUCUCGUUCAAAUGGUGGUGCCCAUGCUGCCCAGGCUGCUGUGCGAGGAGCUGUGCAGCCUGAAUCCUCUCACCGACAGACUCACCUUCUCCGUCAUCUGGAAACUCACACCUGAGGGAAAGAUCCUGGACGAGUGGUUCGGCCGCUCGGUCAUGCACUCCUGCGUGAAGCUGAGCUACGACCACGCUCAGCGAUUGAUCGAGGCUCCCGAGAGGUUAUUCCCUCCCGACGAGCUUCCGCCCAUCGACGCCGAGCACACCGUCGACGAGAUCCACCAGGCCGUGCUCCACCUGCACUCUAUCGCCAAGAACCUUCGAGCUCAGCGCUUUCUAGGGGGCGCUCUUAGACUGGACCAGCCGAAACUUUCUUUCACACUUGACAAAGAGACCAUGAUGCCCCAAGGUUGUUACAUUUAUGAAUACAGAGACUGCAACAAGCUGGUGGAGGAGUUCAUGCUGCUGGCCAACAUGGCCGUAGCGACCCACAUUUACAGGACGUUCCCUACGCUGGCGCUGCUGCGGCACCACCCGCCACCCAAAGCCAAGCUGGUGAAGGAGCUGGAGGUUCUGUGCAACCAGUUGGGCCUGAACAUGGACUUCACCUCUGCAGGAACCAUACACAAGAGCCUCUGUGCCAUUUAUGGAGAUGACGAGUACUCGGUCUACAGGAGACAAGUCCUUAAUAACAUGUGCUCCAGACCCAUGCAGCUGGCCUUGUACUUCUGUACCGGUACGAAGCUGCUGAAGGAACAUUUUCAUCACUACGCUCUCAACGUUCCCCUCUACACACACUUCACAUCGCCCAUCAGGCGCUACCCUGACAUCAUCGUGCACCGGCUGCUGGCGGCGUCUCUGAACCUGGGGCCUCGUUUGGGCCUGUCGGCAGAGGAAGUCCAAAUACGGGCAUUGCACUGCAACGAUAAGAAGACUUUGUCCAAGAAAGUGCAGGAGCUCAGCUCAGAGCUUUACUUCGGAGUGUUUGUGAAGGAGUGCGGCCCUCUGGAGUCCAAAGCCAUGGUGAUGGCUGUGCUGGAUAAGUCCUUUGACGUUCUGGUUCUCAAAUAUGGAGUCCAGAAACGGAUCUACUGCAAGUCCAUCGCGGGCCUGGACUCGUACCGCUUCCAGAAGGCGGAGAAGGUCCCGCAGCUCCUGCUGGUCUGGACGAGUGACGAUGAAGAAAGUUCCCCUGUGGAGCAGGUAAUUUCCAUCUUCUCUGUGGUGGACGUGCAGCUCAAGGCGGAUGAAGUGCCUCUGAAAUACAGCGCGCUGCUCAAGAGGCCAGAAAAUGUUGCUUCAUAAAACACCUUGCAGAAAAUUGAGACUUGCACAUUUUCGCUUUGUUAAAUAGGAGUGUGAUUGUGAGCUUAGACGUGGUGCUGCGUUGUAGCCGCCGUCACAUCAGAGUCAAACCUCAGCACAACUCCUGUGAAAGGAAGUGAUUUCAUGAAGGUUUAGUUUUAGUUUUGAGUCUUUUUAACUGACCUCACUCAGCAGCUGCCCACUUUCCAAGGUUGUAGGCUCCUAGAAAACGUUUCCACCACCAUAUAGCAGAAAUGUUUCAGUGUUUCCCAGCUCUCUUUAUAUCGUACAAACUUCAUCUAUAUCUUUUACUUCACUAAGUUAUUUUCCAGUUAGUGUUCUGGAAAAUGGUCAGCUGCAGUGUGAAUCCUGCUGCAAGGUGUUAAGUGUUUCUGUGUCCAAGGAAGAUUCAGACACUUUUCUGGAACUUUCUGAACAUGGCAGAAAUGAUCUUUUAUUAUUCUUUUGACCAGAUUAGGUCAGUUUUGACGUGCUAUGAUUUUGGUUUAGUUUCAUUUAUGAAACCAGAUUUUUAAACCUUGUUUCAGUUUGACAUUGGUGGCAUUUUUCUAUAAAAAAGGGAGGAAAAAAGCCUUUGUGUUAGUUGCACCCACACAAGAACUCGUGUUGUAUUGCACUCUACCAGCUUUUGCGCUCGGUUUAUUUUCUGUGACUCGGACGAAUUCUGACCAGCAUGACUCAAAUAAUGAAAUGAUAGCAAACUUGUAUCAUA